AUGGUGAGGUGGUGGAUAUCGUCCCUCCAAAUUGCAGAGCUUUUCGUUAGCUCCAUAGUGCAUUUGAGCUACGGCACGGCUUUAGCCAGAGAACUCUUGCAGGCGCUGGCCGAUUGGACUUUCAGACCUAAUCUUUCCGGCCGUCUGAAAAGGGUGGACUCCGGCAAAAAGUCAACGCGCGUUGACGAUUUGCCUCCUAUUAUGUUGGUUCAUGGGAUUUUUGGAUUUGGUAAAGGGAGAUUAGGAAGUCUAUCUUAUUUUGGAGGAGCAGAGAAGAAGGAUGUUAGGGAGGACAGCAAGGCUUGUGGGCACUCACAGUUUGGCGGAAUUUAUGAAAAAGGGUAUUAUCCCGAAUGGGAUGAAGAUCACCCGAUUCAUUAUGUGGGUCAUUCGGCCGGUGCACAAGUGGUUCGGGUCUUGCAGCAAAUGCUUGCUGGUAAGGCUUUCGAUGGAUACGAAAACACCUCGCCUAACUGGAUGAGCCAGUGGAGGUACCCUCCAGAUGUUGACCCUCCGUAUAAAGGUUACCGGUAUUACAAGAUUGUUGAGGGAGAUCAUAUUUUGUUCAUCAUCAACCGAGAAAGAGCUGGCGUUCAGUUUGAUCUGAUUUACGAUAGUAUUUUCGAGAGAUGCAGAAAGCAUGCUUUUAGAAAGAAGCCUACAUUGCCAAAUCAAGUGCAUCAAUAG